AUGCUCAACAGGCUUCUACGAACCUUGCCUGUAGUUCGUACUGCACAGGCCAGACGGAUCCACGUGCCUUUUCAAGAUGACCUUACGCCUGCCGACGAUGAACUUUUCAACUUGGACGGCUUCCAGGACUACAAGGAACUGCCGGAUGUCAUAGCACACAAAAAACGGUUGGGUCUAGGAUCUGACGAAGAACCGGUCGAGCGGAAGCCGGAGCCUAUGAAAGAGCAACUUCUGGCCUCCUCGUUUGUGGAAGCUACAAGAAAAAAGCAGCCUUUGGUGUUUGUGUCCAGAUUGACCAACCCAUACCUCAACUUGGCUAUCGAGGACUAUGUGUACCAUAACAUGCCUGUGCCAGCUGCAGGAGAGGCCAAUUGCAACAGACUCAUGUUCUACGUGAACCUGCCGUGCGUGGUUAUUGGAAAAAACCAGAAUCCGUGGCGAGAGGUGAAUAUGCCUUUGCUCAAUUCGUUAAGACUACCGAUGGUGAGAAGAAGGUCUGGCGGAGGCACGGUUGUGCACGAUACGGGGAAUAUUAACUACUCGUUCAUGACCACGAAGGAGGCGUUUGACCGCCAGGCGUUUGCUCGUGUUGUUUGUGAAUCUACAAACAAAAUAGCCCAGGAGGAUAAGCGAAUCAUGGUUACGGAACGAGGCGACAUUGUCACGAUCAAGGACCAGUUGAAGGUGUCUGGAUCGGCCUAUAAGCUUACUAAAGGGCGCCUGUACCACCACGGAACGAUGCUUCUCAAUCUGAAGCUCGAUGUUCUUCGGCAGUUGCUUCAUCGAGAAGAGCUGCUCGGGAGUAUUGUCAGUCUGGCUUCUGUGGAGUCUGUGAAGCUGCCAGUGACGAAUUUGCAUUUGGACAAGGAAGAGUUUAUUGAAGCGAUCAGCAGCGGUUUCAGGGAUGCUUAUGGGAUUGUGGAGGAAGCGAAAGAGAAAGAGCCAGAGGAGAUGAACGAGAACGAGUUUCUCGGGCUUCAGGACUUUGUGAAUGCUUUUUCGGAGCGUCAGUGUGAGAUCUUCGUUGUUGACGAGAAUACCGAGCUUCCUCAAGAAAUCGAGGCCAUGAGAAACGAGCUCACCCUGUGGGAGUGGAAAUUCGGCUCCACGGCUAAGUUUACCCACCGUUUUGAGAAGAAGGAGCGGGGUCUCGCUGUUGAAUUUGAGGUUGUGAAAGGCCGCCUCAAAAGCAUGAGCGUAAGUGGUGAAGACAAGGACAUAGAGGCCAUGGAGUUUCUUCAGACCAUGUUGGAUCGUGAGGGUGUUCCAUACACGGGAAGUGAUGUUGCAGGGUUUAUUACGGAUGACGAACUCAGCGAAUGGCUUGGAAAUGCCAUCGACGGGCUGUCCUGA